ACAGUGGGCGGGACUUCCGGUUGAGCGCACCCGGAAGAUUUGGAUGCAAGUUUCACUGCUCGACCGUGCAUCCAUAUGGUCGCUACUUUAAACGUUUUAAUGUGAUUGAGGUGCUUUUCUACACAGUGUUAUUAGCAACAAUGUUAUCCUUUGAUUUCCUCGACGAUGUUCGUCGCAUGAAUAAGCGGCAGCUGUAUUACCAGGUGCUGAACUUUGGUAUGAUUGUUUCCUCUGCGUUGAUGAUCUGGAAGGGACUGAUGGUUGUCACUGGCAGUGAGAGUCCUAUUGUUGUCGUUCUCAGUGGGAGUAUGGAGCCAGCUUUCCACAGAGGAGACCUGCUGUUUCUGACCAACCGGGUAGAGGAUCCCAUCAGAGUCGGAGAGAUUGUUGUCUUCAGGAUAGAGGGCAGAGAAAUCCCGAUAGUACACAGAGUACUAAAGAUCCACGAAAAGGAAAAUGGAGACAUUAAGUUCUUGACCAAAGGGGACAACAAUGCAGUGGAUGACAGAGGACUGUACAAGCAGGGCCAACACUGGCUGGAGAAAAAGGACGUGGUGGGGCGAGCUAGGGGGUUUGUGCCAUACAUUGGAAUUGUCACCAUUCUCAUGAAUGAUUACCCCAAGUUCAAAUAUGCUGUUCUCUUCAUGCUGGGUCUCUUUGUGUUGGUCCAUCGGGAGUGAGGUACCCAGACUUCAGGGCUCAAAAGGAUAAACUUCGUCCAGGAAACCUCAGUCAUGCCUUUCAAAACAGAAUUAAAGGACCAGUGUGUAGGAUUUAGUGGCAUCUAGUAGUGAGGUUGCUGAUUACGACUGAACUCCCCUUCCAAGUGUGUAGGUUAACCUACGGUGGCUGUGAAACUCAUGAAAACCACAAAAAGCCCUCUCUAGAGCC